GUAGGUGGUACAUUACUUGAUAACAUACACGUGAAGAGCAAGAUCCUAUCCAUGUGUCCCAAGACAAUGAUCCCCCAAAUAAUCACCUUGUUCCUUAUUCUUUCACCUAAAAUAAAUUCCGUAAAUUUCAACUACCCUGCGGUUUUCAACUUUGGUGAUUCAAACUCCGACACUGGUGAGCUUGCUUCUGGCUUGGGCUUCCAACUUGGCACACCCAAUGGCCAAUUAUACUUCAAAACCCCAAAUGGAAGAUUUUGUGAUGGCCGUCUCAUUGUAGACUUUCUCGUGGACGCAAUGGAACUUCCAUUCCUUAAUGCCUACCUGGACUCAAUAGGCACGCCGAGUUUCCGAAAAGGGUGCAAUUUUGCAGCCGCGGGAUCUACCAUACUCCCAGCAACUGCAACAUCAGUUAGUCCAUUUUCAUUCGGAGUUCAGGUGUCUCAGUUUCUCCGGUUCAAAGCCCGGGUUCUUGAAUUGCUAGCUAAAGGUAAGAAACUUGCCAAGUAUCUGCCAACCGAGGAAUUUUUCGAUAAGGGACUUUACAUGUUUGACGUAGGCCAGAAUGACAUUGCUGGUGCAUUUUAUUCCAAAACACUCGAUCAGAUUAUUGCCUCCAUUCCAUUAAUUUUAGUAGAAUUUGAAACUGGAAUAAAGAGACUAUAUGACAAUGGCGCAAGGAAUUUUUGGAUACACAACACUGGUCCUGUUGGAUGCUUGACACAGAACGUUCUUAGAUUCGGAACCGAUCCAUCAAAGCUUGAUGAACUCGGAUGUGUUAGCAAGCACAACCAAGCUGCUAGACUGUUCAAUCUGCAACUCCAUGCUCUAUCUAAAAAGUUGGAGGGCCAAUUCUCAGAUGCAAAUGUCACAUAUGUUGAUAUCUACACAAUAAAAUCGAACCUCAUAGCAAACUACACCAAAUAUGGUAUAUACUUAUUUCUAUCCAGAACCAUGAUUAGUCUAUUUAUGGUAAAGUUUGUUAAACGAAAUGUGAUUGCAGGAUUUGAACAACCUAUUAUGGCUUGCUGCGGAUAUGGAGGUCCACCAUUGAACUAUGAUUUUCGAAUUGCCUGCGGUCAAACAAAGAUCUUGAACGGGACUUCGGUCACGGCCAAAGGGUGCGCGGACAGUUCUGACUACAUCAGUUGGGAUGGAAUUCAUUACACAGAGGCUGCAAACCAGUUUGUUUCUUCACAAAUACUCACAGGAAAAUAUUCCGAUCCACCUUUCUCAGACAAAAUGCCGUUCCUUCUGAAGCUCAAGUUCUAAAGACAUAAAAUGAUUGUUUCCUAAUUAUUUAAUUCUUUAUUUUUCAUCAGUAUUUUAUAAUGUACUAAUAAUUCCAAGCCAUCAUCUCCAAAUAAAUUCUGACAAAUGUAUUUUUAUUUCCCAAAAAAGCCAGAAAUAAUGCAGU